UGCCUAACCACGUGGUUUGAAAAAGAGAUAAGUGGAAGAGAACCUGAAAUCCACGUCUGACGUCAGCAGAGAAACAUAACGGGCAUGUCUAGUAACCCAAUACAGGAUUCGCAGUGCAGCUGCUGCUGUUUCGAAAGUGUGCAAUGGGAAACUGCAUAUAUUUGUUUAACGCCAGCAUUUGCAACUGUUUUCCCUAAAUAACAUAAUGCGAUACCAUAAUACUGAUGUCGAGAUUGUAGAUUUAAUGACCAGCGUGCUGUAAAAUCAACCAUUUGGCAUCUGGCUUCAAACAAAUAGGGCUUUGUUAGGUCGUUGUGAAGUAUAAUAAAGGUUUGUAGUUAAACCGAAUAGGAUCAGCUGAUUAUGCAUUUAAAACACGCUCGUCUUUGAGAUCACGAAGGUCUCUUAAUGUGAGAGAGUCGCAGCUUCCCUGGACAGUGCUCUUGUACGCUCUUAUGAAGACAGGGUCUCGACUUGUGUAACAUGUUAAAAUAAGCACAACUUGCCUUUAGCAUAACAUGUAUUUCCUUUUAUUUGGGGGGGGGGACGACGACACCAGAAUUCAUGUAUUGCUGAAAAACUGAACUGAUCAUAAUAACAUGUUAAACACAUAACAACAGAAGACUGUAAAAAAUAAAAAAAUAAAUAAUAAGUGGGGUACCACGAUUAUCAACACAAAUACAAAAAAGAAGUAAACAGAAUCUCAGCUUUUGCUACUGAAGUAUAAGCUUCUUCCUCUGACCAGCCCGAACCGCGACCGUACCAGGGGGUUCGUGUGAAAGAGCCAGUCAAGGAAUUACUGAAGAGAAAACGGGGGAAUCAUAAUAACACUAUGGUGACGUCACCUCCCACAGUUGUGCUCCCACAUGCUGCACUGUCAACAUAUUCACCAGUCGGCUACUCGGGUUGUAUGGACGUUGGCAGCAGUGGCUCAGAGCCUCUGUACACAGAGGAUGGCACUAUCUGUACGGCUUGGAUUGCUCAGCCCUCAGCUGCCACUCUUCAGCCGCUGACCCACUGGGCACCCUGCCCCGAGUACCUCCCCCUCGAUGGCUCCGCCCCCACCUACACUGCAGACAUGUACGUGCAGCCCAUGUGUCCCAGCUAUGCCGUGGUGGGCCCCUCCUCGGUGCUGACAUACACUUCAACACCUCUCUUCACAAACUUCACAGAACCACACAAACAGGAAAACCAUCCCGGUAUAAAGAAUGCAAUACCAUGGGCUCAAGAUCUCUAUUUUCUUUCCCAGCCAAGGCAUCCCGCUCCGUCCCCCAUCUCACAAGGGGAGCUCCAAGACCCUCAAGCCCAAGUGGCUUACUUUCCCUGGGCUCAGCCCAUCUCUGCCCUGCCAGCCCAGGCCUUUCAGUGCCCCUCCGCUGCCACGCCCUUCACAAGCCCCCAGCUGGUGCCCCUGCCCGUCACAGUGCCAGAGCCAGCUGCCCAGGAGCUGGAGGAGGCGCACAGGACCCUGGGGAGCAUGCCCAUCGAGAAACUGCUACAGGAGGACCAAGACAGAGACACGAUUCUGCAUAUUUAUACAGCCAAGGGAAUGAGGGAAUACGCCAUUGUAGCUGCUGAGAAAAUGAGCAGGCUCAGAAGCAUAGACGCCAAGGAGCACCAUGGAAAGACUGCUCUUUUGGUUGCAGUCACUGCCAAUCAUCCCUACAUCGCUCAUGAUCUCAUCAUGCUCGGGGCAGACAUCAACAUGGUCGAUGACAAAGGUCAGACAGCCCUGCACCUCGCUGCUACUUACGGCUUCUUGGAAGUUAUUCAGGUGAUAUUGUCCACAGCGACGACCAUCGGUUUAGAAAUAUUGGACUUUGAAGGUCACACUCCUCUGCACUGUGCUGUUUUAACCCAUAAUUCCAUGCGCCGGGAACUGAACCAUGACCUCACAAUCUCCCCAGAGAGACAGAAAGAACUGGAGAGGCGCAUUGUCGAAGUGAUGGCCUGCAUUAAACUAUUAGUCCAGGCUGGAGCCAAUGUUACCAGCCAGGAUAUAAAAAGCAGUAAAUCUGUGCUCCACCUCACAGUUCAAGAAGGGAACUAUUUACUCCUGAAAUUCUUUUUAGAACUCAACACUGGAAAGGAUGAGGACUUUGUUAACAUGAAGGCUCACAGUAAUACAGCUCUGCACAUGGCUGCCGCCCUGAGGAAUGAAAUCUACCAAGAAGAAAUCAUUAAACUGCUCCUGCACCACGCCGCGGACCCCAGCAUCCGGAAUCUGGAGAACGAGCAGCCCAUCCACCUGGUCCAGCCCGGAGAGGAGGGGGAGAGGGUGAGGCAGUUACUGAGGAAGGGCAGGACAGGGCUAGUCCAUAAUCAUCGAAGCUCAUCGUCCUCCUAGGAAAUAAGGGUCCCAACAUCAAUCAAUAUGUGUCAAUGCCUCUACCAUCUCCACCUGCUGCACCAGCCUGAAUGUGGACUGUUUAUUUAUUGAUUUAAUUCUUUAUAUAUAUAUAUAUAUAUAUAUAUAUAUAUAUACAGCAGUGUGCACAUUUAUUAGAACACCUGAAGAUUUGUCAUUUAUAUCCUUUAUAUACCUACCUGCAUGAGAAUUUCAAUGUUCUGUCAGUAAUCGGUCAUAUAGAAGCAAUAGGUGCUCGUGCGUGAAAAUGUUACACCAUCUUUAACAACUCCUAAAAAGGUCUCAUACAUUUUACCAUUCGUGGCUCUAGUCUAUGUGUUCCUUUUCUCUGACUAUUUGAAAUGAAUUGCAUGUGUGGUCUAUUAAAGACUUCAGUUAAUUUUAGACAAUAACUAAUUUGCCUAUUUUGACAAUUUUCCAAGAUUUUUAGUUCCAGUGGCUUGAUUUCAUAUGCACAACAAAUCAAAACUACAGAAGCAGGUGGGCGUUCUAAUACAUUUGCACACUUCUCUCUCUCUCUCUGUCUCUCAGAUGGUUAAAAGACAAAUGAUCUCACAAGUAAAACAUUGCUAGUAACAUUUAAAGGCAUGCUAAAGUGAGCCUUGGCUAUGAAAUCAUGUAAAUCUUCAUCUCCUUCUUUCAAGGAGUAAAACGCCAGUAAAUAGUUUUACAGUGAGUUUCAUACAUUUCAGCAAAUCAAGGUGAACUGUCCAAAAUGCAUUCUAUUAUUUCCAAAAACUGUCAAAACACAUGCCAAAAGUAGAUUAUAUAUUUGCUUAGUUAGAUAAUGGAGUGUCCUUAGGUUACUUUUUAUUAUACCAAGCACCUAGUAAGAAUUUUAUUUGAAUAAAUUCAGUUAAUAUAAAAAUUGGCCAACAUCAAAUGAUCUUAAUUAUAGGGCUGGGCUUUUUAUAGGGCUGGGCUUUUUAUAGGGCUGGGCUUUUUUUUACAGCAGCAUCAACGCCAGCAACAGCAGGAAUACGAUUUCUGCCUCUCUCGUCCAUCUUGGUCCUCAACUAUUAAUGCCCCCUAGCCUUGCGUUACCACUAAAAAAAGAGUUCCUUUUCAAAUCCCACAUGCUGUGACAUUCUUCUGAAUAAACACUGAGGGUCAGGAGAAUGACACAGAAAAAAACACAGAGAGUCAGGGGAAUGGCUUGGAAAUAAACACUGCAACGGAACACAGCACUGAACUGUUUAAACUGUAACGACUCCUUUCUAAGAUAACAGAUUUUAUGUUACACUGGAGACCUAACAUGGCAUAUUAAAAUGAACAUUUACAAGUAAAUGAUAUGUUAUUUGAUAAACGGGCGAUAAGGCCAGUGCUGAUUGUAAAUGUCAGCCUACAAACACCUGCUUCUGUAUGUAAAUUGUGCUGAUUCUUAGAAAUCCACUGUACGUGGGGAGUGGAUAAGGAUUCAGUGGCAUCUGUUCAGAGAUUCAAGGGAAGUGGGUCAUUAUCAUCAGGGAUUAUGUUGUUUAAUUCCCAAAUAAGAGUUCAGUGAUUAUUGGUUGUACGUUUCAUAGCAAAAGGUUAGCUGUUAACAACUGCCAGCGUUCUAACGUAUUAAUAAAUGUUUUCAUGGUGCGUUAAUGAUUACUUUUUAUAUGGUAACCGUUUUUUAAGUUAGAAAAAAGGGUCAACAUGAUCUCACCGGUAAAACAGCUUAACAACAAUUAAAAGCAUGUUAAAGGUACAUUUAGAGACCUUGGCAAAAAUGUAAUAUUGAUAUUUAAAUAAUAAGAAAAAAAUACAACCACGUUAUAUUGUCAACUAUAGGGCAGUGUUUGUGCAUUCCUAUUCACUAGACAGGGCAAUGUCUGGAUGAAUGAGGAGACAGGAGUGGUGCUGUAUGAUUAGCCCUAGGGGCCCCGUUCUGGUGGAGCCACACCUAAAAUUAACCCUUCGAGGCAGGGAGGAUAGUACACCAGAGGGGAGAGGCGCAGGAGUAAGAACAAAAAGCAUACGGUCGUGCGCUAAGUUAUUAGACCACCUCAAGAUUUACCAUUUACAUCCUUUAUACCUUUAUAUACCAACCUGCAUAUACUCGUGUGAAAAUGUUAGACCGCUGUGUGCUUUAAUUAGGCAUCUUAAACAACUUUUAAAAAGUCUCAUGUGUUUCACCAUGUGUGGCUAAGUGUUCCUUUUGUCUUACUAUUAAAGUCAUCAAUUAAAUCAGACUCACUAAACACUUUAAAACAGAAUCACUUUCCAAGAUUUUCAAUGACAGUGGUCUGAUUUGACAUGCACAACAAAUCAAAACUACAAAAGCAACGGAGUGUUCUAAUACAUUUGUACACGACUGUACCUCAGAGUUUAAACAGGGGUAAGGGGAUAGAAAAUAUCUCUGCCUGAGAUCACCAAACCUACAGUUAUUCAAUAUUUGAUAGCACUGACAGCAACGGAUUUCCUUUACAUUUUGGAUGAACAACUCUGUUUAAUGUGUGGAAAGCUGAUGCUGAAAUUGAGCAGGCUGAGGCGUUACUGUGUGAAACUGCUCAAUGGCAGCUGUCAGCAGUUUCUUAAAAGAUCAUUUCUGUGAAAUGAAGUGAUGAUUGCUGUGCAAUCUUUUUCUUCUAAUAACUGAAGAGUGAAUGUCAGAUGUUACAUGAAUAAAAGCACUCUGGGCAGCUGCAGUGAGGGACCCUUUGUUCAUAGGUUUGCUUCUGCUUGGUUUAUCACAUGCACUUUAACAAUGCAGGGCCUGAACUUGUGUUAGUUUACUCCUGUGCAUUCUGUUACAAUUACAAACCUCUCUAAAUGUAUUCUUUUUUUUUUUAAAGAAUGUCAUGACGGUGUGCAUGUGCCGUGCUCCUCCUUGCUGGUGAAUCGCUUCCAGGUUUUAUGUACUCGUAUUACUGAGAGAACAUCCUAUUUAUGAAAAUAAAUGAGUAAAAACGGUCCA